UCAUUCCAAGACCCUGUUCUUCAUACGUUUCUUCUCUCUCUCUCUCUACAAAAACUCCAACAGCGAUUUCACCUCCGCUUUCUCUCUCUAUAUCUGCCCUAAUAUCACUUCGUUUCCCCUUCAACUUCCUCCUCUUCACUCCACACCUCUCCCUCUCUCUCUCCCGCCCCCCUUUUCUCUCUACACAGAUAUAUAUAUAUACAAUAUACAAUUACUUUGGCGGUUAUUCGAGCAGUUAGGGUUUCCUCUACGGGAAACCACACAGGAGGUUUGCUUUGCUAUUUCUCUCUCUCUCUCUCUCUAUAUAACUGGACGUGGCUUUCGAUCUUUAGAACUUACUUGGUGGAAGGUUCUAGAUUUUGGUCAAAUUUUCUAGGGUUUUGAUUUAGUCCCUCAAGUUAAUAAUUGCAUAACUGCGGCUGUAUUGGUUUAUGGGGUUUUGUUCUUCUGAUUGAUUCGAGCCAGUGAUUGAGAACCUAGGGUUUCGACUUUCAAUUCGUUUCGUAUGGUAGUUAUUAUUGCCGCAAUGAGGGUCUUCUGAGUGAUUUGUAUUCGUCUGCGAAUCCGUCUUUUAGUGAAGAUGGAGGUGUAGAGAAGCUUUCUUCCUCGUAAUCGUCAUUAUACUUGCCCCGGGCGGUGAUGGACCUCGUUUAAGUACAUCGUCGGGCUACGUGUCUAUUUGUGGCUUUUGCCUCUUUUAAUUGUUGUGAGAGGACAAGAAUGUUAGUUUCAUUUGAAUGCUGUUGAAGUUUUAUACACUCGGAGAGGGAAAAGGAAGCGUUUGGAUCUUUUACGGAUAGAAGAGAACAUUCUUUCCGCCGGGGAGGGGUUUUGAAAGGAAGGCAAGUUGUGGUUUCUUGUAUAUUUGAUCAUGUUCACUUCUCAUGGACAGAAGUGAACCCACAUUAGUUCCAGAAUGGUUGAGAACUACUGGAAGUGUCAAUGGGGCUGGCAAUUCAGCCCACCAUUUUGCGUCAUCUUCGCACACAGAUGGUCAUUCCUCGGCACAAUCCCGGCAAAAUAGAUGUUCUAGGAGUGUAAGUGAUAAAGACAACUCUCGGCGUAAUCCAAGUAGUAAUGGUUCUUCAAAGCAUCCAUACAGUAGUUUCAGUCGAAGUCAUCGCGAUAAGAACCGUGAUAAAGACAAAGACAGGUCUGCUAUUGGGAGCCAUUGGGACCAGGAUGAUCCAUUGGGCGAUAUGUUAAUUAGUAGAGCUGAGAAGGAUAUGUUGAGGCGUUCUAAUUCCCUUGUGUAUAGGAAACCUGAAGAGCUAUUGCCUCGAAGAGUAGUGGACUCAAAAAAUGGCGGUAGGAGCAAUCACAGUAGCACCAAUGGUGUGCUUUCCGGAAGUAAACUUGUUAGGAGCACCCUGAAAAGUUCUUUUGACAAGGAUUUUCCCUCUCUUGGAACUGGAGAGAAGCAAGGAGUGCCUGAUAUAGGAAGAGUUCCAUCUCCUGGUUCAACCACCGCUGUACAGUGUUUGCCUUUUGUAAAUCCUGGCUUGAUUGGUGGUGAGGGGUGGACUUCUGCUCUGGUAGAGGUGCCCACAAUGAUUGGCAGCAAUAGCAUGAGUCCCAAAUCAGUUCAGCAAAGUGUUAUGUCGAGCCAAUCAUCUGGGUCUUCAAGUCCUAAAGCAAGUCUUAACAUGGCUGAGGCAUUGUCGCAGGCUCCAUCUCGAGCUCAUACUACUCCCCAGCUUCCUGAUAAGACACAGAGGCUCGAGGAAUUGGCAAUAAAGCAAUCCAAGCAAUUAGUACCGGUUCUUAGUUCUGAUAAAUCAAAGCCUAAAGCAGCAGUGAGAACCAAUGAGACGAUGGUGGGUUCCAAGAGUGUGCAGCAGCAGCAGCCCCUUUCAUCCCAACUGGCUAAUCAUUCUCUUCAUGGUGGACAAGUGAGAUCUGACACCCCAAGAUCAUCUCAUGCUGGGAAGUUUCUUGUUCUCAAGACAGUUCGGGAAAAUGGUGUCUCCUCCAUAGGAAAGGAUGUAUCAAACCCAAUUGAUAAUGCCAGCAGAGUAGUAAAUUGCCAGGUUGCUUCUGCUGCUGCUCCAAUGCUUUCUUCUGCUCCUUUGAAGAGCCCAAAAAGCCCAAAUCUUUCUACCAUUGAUGGCAAGGUAGCUGUUUUGUCUUUAAAUUCUGGAGCCACUUUGGAAAAGAAAUCAUCUCAGGCUCGGAGCCGGAGUGACUUUUUCAAUCUCAUGAGGAAGAAAACCUCAACAAACUCUUCUGCUGUUGUGUCUCUGCCUGUGAAGUGCGGUGAAUCCGUUGAGGGAGCUAGUUCUCAUGUAAGUUCUUGUGUUAGUGAGACUGGUAGUGAGGUGACUAACAAUGGGGAUAGUCAUGAAGGGGAGAAGAAUUUCUGCCUUAAUGGAACAGUUUAUCCUGAUGAGGAAGAGGCUGCAUUUCUUCGUUCUCUUGGCUGGGAGGAAAAUGCUGGAGAAGAAGAUGGGCUUACAGAGGAGGAGAUCAAUGCUUUUUACGAGGAGUGCAUGAAAAUGGGGCCAUCCUUAAAACUGUGUAGAGGCCUGCAACCCAAACUUUCAAUGCUUCCUGAAUCCCCCAUCACUGGUUCAAGCAGGGCAUCUUCGGAAACUGAAGCUUAAUUUGCUGUUUUUCUCUCGUAUUACUGAUUUUUCUCACGUACAGGAUCUGGAAAGUUCCAAAUUUUGUUGGCAGAUCAUAUGGUUUUUUUUCUUGGUUUCAUCUCUUUGUUUCGGAAGAAGGCUGUCGAUUAGGGUAUGGAAAGCUCUGGGUAGUAUUAGUACAAUAAGUUACAGAAGUCCUCACUGAGAGUAGGAUAGGGGGACAUAUUGGUCUGCUACGGAUGAUGCUGAGCAAGGUGCAACUUUUGGUACCUAUUUUCUAUUUUCUUCUUACUUUUAAGAGGCAUAAAUUUUAGCCAGAAUAGCUUUAUGGUGUUUUGGUCAAUUUUACAGGAAGAUGAAAAGAAAGGUUGAUGUUCUUUUUAGUUUCUA